AAUACUUAAUUAAUUAAAUAUUUAUCAAGCAUAAACAAACUUUAUUAUUUAUACAAAAUACAUGCUUAUGUUAAGUUAACGGCAAUAAACUAGCGUGCUGUUAAGUCUGUUAUCAGUUAUUCCAAGGGCUGUUAGCGCAGUCAGCUGUUGUAGUACCGAAUAUUUUCUAGCAACGUAAACAUAAAAAAUACGUCCUGGUGAAUCUGGCCACGAAUUGAUCGAUCGGCAUUAGUCACCUGUCCGCUGUACGCACAUCAUGCUGAAGGCCGUGAUCCUGAUCGGCGGUCCCCAAAAGGGCACCCGUUUUCGCCCUCUUUCUCUGGACACGCCCAAACCGCUUUUUCCCCUGGCCGGUCGUCCUUUAAUCGCUCAUCAUAUAGAGGCCUGUGCCCAAUUACCGGACCUCCGGGAGAUCCUGAUUAUCGGUUACUAUCCACAGACCCAGAUGGAGGGAUUUGUGGGCGACAUGCAGACCUUAUACAGCAGCAGCAACAUCAAUAUCAGGUAUCUUCAAGAGUUCACUGCCUUAGGAACUGCAGGUGGAAUGUACCACUUCCGGGAUCAAAUAAGAGCUGGAAAUCCACGUGCCUUCUUUGUUCUCAACGGAGACGUCUGCGCUGAUUUUCCAUUGCAGGAACUAUGCGAGUUCCAUGAGAAGCGUCCAUCGAGUGCUCUCGUGACCAUCAUGUCCACGGAGGCAACGCGCCAGCAAUCGCUGCAUUAUGGAUGUCUGGUUUUUGAUAGGAGUAGCGGAGCUGUCUCCCAUUAUGUGGAAAAACCAAGCUCCUAUGUGUCCACUUUCAUCAACUGCGGAGUGUAUGUCUGCUCUAUGGAUAUAUUCACUGUAUUGGCUCAGAUUUUCCACUCAAGGGGCCAGGAAUACGGCUGCCAGGGAUUCUGCAAUGGAAACGGAAAUGGAAAUGGAAGAGAGCAAGGCCAUAUCAAAUGGGAGCAGGAAGUGCUCACUCCGCUAGCUGGAACUGAUAAGCUCUUCGCCAUGCCGGUGCCUAAUUGGUGGUCCCAGUUGAAGACAGCCGGAUCGGCCAUCUACGCCAACCGUCACUACUUGGGCCUGUAUAAGAAAACGCAUCCGGAGAGAUUGGCCAAUGUGGGAACCAAACGUGGAGAAGGAGACGGCAGCUUGAUAUGCACAGUUUUCCCCGAUGUCUAUGUGCAUCCCAGUGCCACUGUUCAUCACAGCGCAGUGCUUGGACCCAAUGUGGCUAUAGGACCUGGAGUGACAAUUGGCCCAGGUGUCCGCAUUCGUGAAUCGAUUGUUUUAGAGCAGGCACAAAUCCUAGACCACACGCUUGUCCUUCAUUCGAUUGUGGGCAGGGGUUCCACCAUCGGAGCUUGGGCACGCGUCGAGGGCACACCCAGUGAUCCGGAUCCUAACAAGCCUUUUGCUAAAAUGGAAAACCCACCGCUUUUCAACAACGAAGGAAAGUUAAAUCCUUCGAUUACCAUAUUGGGCUGUUUCGUGCAGGUGCCCGCCGAGAAGAUCCUACUGAACAGCAUUGUACUGCCGCACAAGGAGCUUAGUCGCAGCUUUAAGAACGAGAUCAUCUUGUGAUGAUGAUUACUAAAUAUUUUCGGUCUUUAUCCUUAUCAGUAGCCAUUUUAUAUAUUUGUAUUGUGCAAUAUUCCAAAAAUCUAUCUAUUAAAUGUGCCCUUACUCUUGCA